AUGGGUCUCCAUCACUUAGGAUCACAAUUUGAUGAAGUUGUAAACAAAUCUUCCGAAUCUCCUGAUCAUAAGGAGGCAAAUUCUUUAAAGAAACGAGAUGGAUCUCCAUCGCCCAGUCCUCUGUCAACUAAACGUACGAAGUCGGAUGACAGUGAAGCAACUGAAACGAAAAAGCACACCGAUAUUGGUGGUGGGAUUUACAUGAGAAAUUCGGUACUGAGGGCUGCGAAAACUCGGCCUGAUAUAGAGGAUGCUGCUGCUGAUUUGAUCAGUGCUGUAUUUGAUAAGGACACCUUAGCCAAAUCUUCGCUCAUUGGAAAGGUGUCAAACUUCCACAAGAAAAAUAAUCUGAGCGCCAAGCCCCAACUAGAUGAACUAAAAGUGAAAGCUAUUGAAGAAUUCCUCCUUCAAUACUUUGGUGAGACACCAAAAAAUCGUCGGCUCAUCAGAGCUCGCAUUACAAAAGCGUGCAACGCAGCGUCGAAAGCUCUCCGCCGAACUUAA